GUCGAAGAGUGUAGUAGUGCCACGGUUCGGGUAAUACACAGGGAAGAAGAAAAAAUACGCGUGUUUUAGUGACAGCUGAUUAUUACAUCAUGCAAUAUUUUUCGGCGUCUUUGAUGAUCCUUAUUUAUUUGACCUCACAGAGAAGUUUCGUAGAUACUGCUCCCGCAAAAUUCUCCGAAAAUGUAGCAAGAGAAGAUAAUCUAUCACAAGUGGACAAAAACGUCAAAGAGCUUGAAAGUUUGAAGCAGUCUUUUGGUAAACUUGGGAAAACACUAGAUUUGAUUAAAUCUCAAUCAUCGGAAUUAACGAACUUGAAUGGAGAAAAGCAAUUACACUCUGAAACAAAGGAAGAAAUACAACAAGAUGGUCAAACUGUCGCGAAAGUAAGUCAAAAUGUGGAAACGUUGUAUGAGAAAAACAAACCGAGGACCAAAAUUAAAACGCAAUUAGAUGUUCCAGUACAAGGCGUCCAUAAAACAAUUUUGCAGUCGCUUCCAGAAGAUGAUCCAAAAAAGGUUGAAAUGAGACGUUCCAGCUCCAAUCUUAAUCUAUUAACAGACGUCGACAAAGGUGAUACAAAUGCGGGAAUUCGAUAUUCUCCACUGGAUGUUGCAAAAUAUAUAUUUUGGACGGGAGAUGAAAAGGGAGUGACUUCAUCUAUCGAAGAGUUUUUACGAGAAGAUAUAAUGACAGGAGAGGAAGCUUUAACAUUUUUACAAGAAGUUAAAUACAAUUUAGAUAAAUUGAAAAAUCGAUACAUUCAAAUGGGAUUAAGUUCUCUACAAAAUUCAAAGGUAAAAUUUCAGAUCACGGACGACCAACCAUUGCAAUUGGGUCUUAAUACAAAGCUAACAGUAUAUGAUAAGCCGGAAUUGAGAAGUGAUUUCAAUAUCAAACAACUUCGGAAGGAAAUUGACAACUCUCAGACAGUAUCUCGAAGUAAUAUUGAUUCUUCUCAAUCAGCUAAAACCACCGAAGAAGACUACGAUGAGCUGUUGGAACGUCUCAGAGUAGCUGAUUUCCUCUACACUGAAUACUCCUUGGAAGAUGUUAUAUACCAGUUAGCUAAAGUAAUGUUCACACAAAGUUUAACAAGAGGAAGCGCUGAAGCUCAACAGGCACUACAAAAAUUCACCAACUUUUUAGAAGCUGAAGCUGAACAGGGUCAUAUAACCAGAGCAUUAGAGAAAAAAGUGCUCGAUAUAUUAAUUGCAUCAUUAUCCGACACUUUGAACGAACAUCCAGAGCUUUUAAUAGAUGCCCGUAAUAGUAUGGGACCAUCGGCAACACCUGAUCAAGGUCAUAAUUUCAUCAGAAAAGUGUUGAAAUCAAAUCUAGAAAACACAAGUUUACUAGACCUAUAUGAAUACAAAGAAAAUGCAAAAAAUAAACUGUUGGAGCAGAAGAAAAACAAAUUCCCAAAUUAUUUGCAAUUUGAUUUCUCUAAAUACAAGUUGACUUAAAGCCUUCACAGUAAAACAUGUAAACACGUAUUUGUAAAAUGAAUUGUAAUAAGUGAAAUUGGCUUUAUUCUCUUUAUUUAAACACUUGACUAUUUUAAAGAGUCUUCAGCAACUGUACCUAAUUAUAAUAAUAACAGAUCAACGUUCUCUUAAGGCAGAAUUGUUCGAUAAGAAGCAGAAUUUCAAAUUAAUCAUAAAUAUAACCCAAACAUUCCAGCUGGUGGCUUCAAAUUUAACAAUAAACGUGACUAGUACACACUGGAAUUAAUUAUAUAGAAUCUAUACUGGGUAGAUAUUAAACCCGAGAUUCAGUAACUAAAUGGAUAUAAAUAGUGCAUUGUAAGUUUUCUUAUUUCAAAAGUAACAAAUGUAUUAAUGAAAUAAUUAGAUUUCUAGACAUCUUAUAAACUUUCUCCAGUCAUUAAAUGGGAAAUAUACCAGUUAGAUAUUCAAUUUAAAAUAUGAUCAAAUUGCAUUAAUAUAUCAAAAAGGAAUUAAAGAAAUUUAUAAUAUAAUAAGUGGGAAUACCAUAGUACACCAUAAAUUAAAAACUUCAUAGCUUCAUAGAUACACACCUUUAAUAGGGUUAUGUAGAAAUGAGACGCAAAUACUGGAUUGGAGUCUAUUGUUUCUUCUGUCAAUCGAAUAUAUUUUCUUAUUCCUUUUUUUUAUAAAAAAUAAAGCAGAGUCGCUAAAAAAAAUGAUGAUUUGAAAAAUGUGAAACUAAAGCUGUGAGUAGGUAAGUUUAUUAUUAAAAAUAAUGGAUUAUUAAAUACUGAAGAUCUUAAUUGCCAUAGUUUUUCCAAAGUUAGUUCAAAUAGACAAUUGUAUCAGAAGUACCUAAUAAUUCGCUUCCAAGCGACACCGACCCCUAAAAUUCACAUUACAAAUAUAUAUUGCUCUAAGCCA